AUGGCCUUUUAUCUUCAGGUAACACAUUUCAAAUGUAGAGGAAUAUCACUGGGCCUGAGUUGGGCCCAUGUCUUGGGAGACGCCUUCUCAGCUGCAGAUUUCAUGAACAAAUGGGCUCAAGUCGUUACUGAAAUUCAGUCCAGUGGCCCACCCAAGACCACAACAUUACCAUUACCAAACCCAAAGCCGGAAGACUUUGAAGCCCCAACAUUACUCACCAAAGACUUACCAGUUUCCCUAAACCGGGUCGACCAGGUUGGGGACCAUUGGAUCACAACCAACACCACCAAAAUGGAAACAUUUUCUUUCCCCAUUUCUCCUUCCCAGAUUGCCAACUUGAAAGUCAAGAUUGUGGGCCCAUUUUUUGAGUCUCUUUGUGCCAUAAUUUGGCAAUCCAUAGCCAUACUUAGACAAGAAAAUGAACCAAAAACCGUGACAAUUUGCAAACACAAUUCCAAAAGAACCAAAGGGGUUCUAUCCAACAGUCAAAUUAUAAGCACAGUCAAGGCAGAUUUCUCAAUAAUUGGGGCGGAUCCAAAGAAAUUGGCCACAUUACUUGCUGAUCAAGCAACUGAGGAAACAACCCAAAUUGUGGAAGCAAUAGAGAAAGAUCAAGGCGUAUCUGAUGUCAUAGUUUAUGGAGCAAAUUUGACGUUUGUUGACUGGCAAGAGGCUAAUUUCUAUGAACUUGAAUUGCAGGGACAUAACCCAGAUUUUGUGUCUUACAGUAUUCAAGGCAUUGGUGACAAUGGGGCUGUUUUGGUGCUUCCGGGGUCCAAUCAUUUUGGAAAAGGUUGGGAAAAGGGAAGGUUGGUGACUGUGAUUUUGCCACAAAAUGAAGUUUGGGAGCUGAAAUCUGAGUUGAAGAAGAAUGAGUUGAUGCUUGAGAGUAGCAUUGAGUGAAAAAUGAAAAAAGUAAUAAGUAUGUUAUGAAGGAAUUUGACUCUUGUAUUUUUUUAUUCGUGUCCUCUUUUAUGUCUUCAUAUCAUACAACGUCAAUUAAAUUAUUGUGCUGAUUAAAAAAUCAUGUCCAGUCGAUUAAAAUACCAUAUGAAUUAAAAUAUCUGGUAUAAUAUUUAUUUAAAAGACACAAAAGAGGACAAAAAAAAAAAAAUAGGAUAUAUGAGCUGAAUCUAUCAUGAAGAUGAUAGUGGCUCAAAUGUAAUGGAUGGUGUUACAUACCGCAUGAACUCUUUAUCUUUAUUUUAUUUCUUGUUUUUCACUUUCUGUAAUGGUGAGGACAGUGUUGUAACUGUGCAAUUGUCUACUUGGGAAUAACGUUGUCACUAGAGUGAGUUGUACUUGGU